UGCUGUUUCCAUUGAGAUAGAAUUAGAAGAAUGUUGUGAUGAAGGUUACAACGAAGAAGAAAAUUUUAAAAACCCUGAAAAAAUACAACAAAUAUUAGCCAAAAACUUGGCAUAUCGAGCAGUUAAAAAAUUACCAUUGAAAGUUGUAUUUACUAUAGCUGGUUUAAUAUUAGUUGCAACUAGUGUUGUUGCAACCAUUGUGAUUUUAAGAAUAGUGCAAGAUCAACACUGUUUUAGGUGGACUGAAUAUGGUCAGACAAUCGCUGGAAUAGGGUCUAGAGCAUCCGGUCCAGAGUCGUUGGUAUUAGAUCAUCCCAAUGAUCUAUUUGUCGAUGAUAAGAAAAAUGUUUAUGUAGCUGAUGUAAAAAAUCAUCGUAUACAGAAAUUCCCUUUCGGAUCCCAAAACGGAACAACAGUUGCAGGCGGAAACGGUAAAGGAAAUUCACUAUCCCAAUUAGAUCAUCCACAUGCUAUUUACGUCACCAAGAAUAAUGAUAUUUAUAUUAGUGAUACUGGAAAUCAGCGUGUUCAAAAAUGGUUAGAAAACAGUAGAAUUGGAGAAACAAUUAUUAACUCAACUCAUAGCGGUUGCUACAGUUGUGAAGGUCUCUAUCUCGACGAAAAUAAUAAUGAACUUUAUUUGUCUGACCGAGAAAGACAUCGUGUUGUUAAAUUUGCAUUAGAAACAAAAAUAUUGACUGUUGUUGCUGGUGAGGUAGAUAGUCAAAAUUCAUCUGCUAGUCAGCUGAACGGACCUCAUCAUAUCUUUGUUGAUCGUUUUGGUAAUUUAUUUGUUGCUGAUACAGACAAUCAUCGUAUACAAAAAUUCACUCCAGGAUCAAAAACUGGAACAACAGUUGCAGGAAAUUCAAAUGGAACAUACGGAACUGCUGCAGAUUCAUUAAAUGAGCCUCGUGGAGUCUUUGUUGAUGAUAAUGAUAUUGUUUAUGUUGCUGAUAGGCACAAUCAUCGCAUUCAAAAGUGGAAACAAAAUGCAAGUUCUGGCGUUACAAUAGUCGGCGGUAAUUCAUUUCUCUUUUAG